CAGUUUUAGCUGUGAUGAUGACUAAUAAAAUGAAAAUCUAAUGAGUCGCAUUGUUAAGUUAUUUGCAUUAGAAGAAAGAGUUAUGUUAAUACUAAGAAAUUUAAGAUUUUUCUGAAUAUCUUACACCUAGCUAUUGAGUAUAAACAAAUGGAUCAAACACUGGAAGCUGCAUUGGAUGCAGCAAGAAGAGCAGUAGAUUUUGACAAAAAUGAACAGUAUCAACAGGCUGUUUAUUAUUAUUCCGUUGCUGUACGACUUUUAAAUAAUUUAUCAACCGUACCUGCAUUAGCAGAGAAGUGUACAGAGUAUCAAGAUAGAAUAGCAGAAUUACAAAACUUAAUUUUAGAUGAAGAAAGAAAAAAACAUGAAUCAGAAAUACCCACUGAAACUGAACUACAAAAAUGUAAAUUUUUACUCAAUCAAGCUCUUGAUGCUGACGAAGCAGGUUUUAAAGAAGAAGCUAUAAAACUUUAUACAAAUGCUGCAGAACUAGGCCUGAAAGCUAAAGCAACAAGUAAUGAAAAAACUAAAAUUACAAAUCUUGUUCGUCAUGCUUUGGAUAGAGCUGAAUCAUUAAAAGGAAUAAAAAAAAAUGAGGUAGAAACAGUUAUACCAAAUUUGCCAUCAGUACCUGAAACAGAACUUCCCAUAGAUGAUGAAUCUAUAGAGAAUGAACCAAAUGAACCACCACCUAUUAAUACUACUGCUACAUCACAAACUAGUCCAGUAUCAUCAAGACCAAGCAAACCUCCUUUGCAUAGAGGCAGUAGUGCUCAUUUGAAAGUCACUGGAGGAAGUGGAAAUUAUACAGAAGAAGAGAAAAGAGUUUUAUUACAUAGCUCACAUAUUAAUGAUAAUGAAUUUGUGCCUUUUAUGAAUGUAGAUUUAUCAGAACGAUUCCAAUAUGCAAUUCCAUUUACUGAUAAAGAUGGAUUAUUAGAGUUAUCACCAAAACAAAAACCUGACUUUGCCCGAUGGAGCCGGCCAGAAGAAAUUUUUUCAGAGCCUAAAAUGGUCAUGAAUCAUGUUGUUGACUAUCACAGUAUCAAACAAACGGUGGUAUCUGAUUGUUCAUUUGUUGCUUCUUUAGCAGUGAGUGCACAGUAUGAGAAAAAAUUUGGUAGAAGACUUAUUACUUCAAUUAUUUAUCCCAAAAAUAAAAAUAAAGAACCAAUUUAUAAUCCAUUUGGAAAAUAUAUGAUUAAGCUACAUAUCAAUGGUAUUCCAAGAAAAGUUGUGAUAGAUGAUUUACUACCUGUUAGUCAUUAUAAUCAACUACUAUGUUCUUACUCCAACAACAGAGGAGAACUUUGGAUUUCUUUGUUGGAAAAAGCUUAUAUGAAAGUUAUGGGAGGGUAUGAUUUUCCUGGUUCUAAUAGUAAUAUAGAUUUGCAUGCUCUUACUGGCUGGAUACCAGAAAGAUGGGCAAUACGACCUAAUGAGCCAGAUUUUAAUAAAGAAAAUUUGUUUGAUACUUUACUUUUAAGACUUCAUAAAGGAGACACAUUGGUUACAGUUGCAACAGGAGAUCUAUCAGAUGCCGAUGCAGAUCGUACCGGCCUAGUUCCUAGUCACGCUUAUGCAGUUUUGGACGUUAGAAAAGUCAAUGGAGAAAAAUUGUUGCAGCUAAAAAAUCCUUGGUCGCAUUUAAGGUGGCGAGGGAAUUUUUCUGAACUUGAUACUAAUCAUUGGACUGCAGAGCUCCGAGAAACUUUAAAUUAUGAUCCUGAUUCGGCGGCUCAAUUUGACAACGGUAUAUUUUGGAUUGAUUUCGACAGUAUUUGUCAUUUCUUUGAUGUUUUCUACUUUAACUGGAAUCCUGCAUUAUUCAAUUAUACUUAUUGUAUUCAUCAAAUGUGGAAAGCUGGAACUGGUCCCGUAAAAGAUGCAUUUAAUAUUGGUGAUAAUCCGCAAUUUUUACUGGAAGUACAGCCUGAUGUUAACGGUUCAGUAUGGAUUUUAUUAACAAGGCACAUUACUGACAUAGCAGAUUUUCGACAAAAUCAGGAAUAUAUUACGCUCUAUGUAUAUCAGAAUGAUGGAAAAAGAGUCUAUUACCCAAAUUAUCCCCUGCCUUAUAUCGAUGGAGUGAAAAUAAAUAGCCCACAUUACUUGUGUAAGAUUAACCUUGGGCAAAGUCGAGAUAAACGUUAUACUUUGGUAGUAUCUCAAUAUGAAAAAACAAAUACUAUUUAUUAUACGUUAAGGGCAUACGGAACAUCGCCUUUUACGCUUCGAAAGAUAGCGGAACCCUACAAGUUUGAAAAAGAGAUCAAAGACGGUCAAUGGAAAGGUGUUAGCGCUGGAGGAUGCGGAAAUCACCCAGCAACUUACGUUCACAAUCCUAGAUACCAAUUAGUUCUUGAAAGCUCAAAUAAUAAUAAUUGGUUGCUUAUUAUUCUGAAAGGACCAAAACAAUAUCAGAUCGGAUUUGAAAUUUUGACGGUAAUUCUGAAUGAUCCCGAAUCUCCCACAGCCUUCAAAAGUAAAACUUCUGGACCUUUCCGCUCCGGUUUUGUUUAUCUUGAACUAGUGGAUGUGCCUGCGGGAAUCUACAAUGUCAUUCCAUCGACAUUUUUACCAGGACAAGAGGGACCUUUCUUCUUGACUUUCAAAUCGUCGUCCAACUUACAAAUAAGUCGAUUGCAGUAAAACUAUACUGUUACCCAUACAAAUUUUUAAGCUUUGUAAAAUAAAAUUUUUCUGUAAUUUAUCAUAAAAAAUCUACUGAUUUUAACUAAACUCUGAAUGCAACUAAUUCAAACUACAUUUCUCUGUGUAAUAUUGUAAAUAGACUCCCAAGUUUUAGAAUAAUUACU